GUCCGCUGUCUCUCGCUCUCCCGCUGCCUUCCUCGUCGUCCUCUUCUUCUUCCUCCUCUUCAUCCUCGUCAUCGUCGUCUUCAUCACUGUCCUCCAGGUCCCCCUGUUGAGUCAUGAGGCUGUGUGAAGUUCAGUUUCUGAAAUCGUCGGACCUUGGACGCCACAGUCUCCUGUAUCUGAAGGAGAUUGGUCAUGGCUGGUUUGGCAAGGUCCUGCUGGGUGAGGUGAAUGCUGGACUCAGUACCACCCAGGUGGUGGUGAAGGAGCUCAAGGCCAGUGCCAGUGUGCAGGACCAGAUGCAGUUCCUGGAGGAAGCCCAGCCUUACCGCACCCUGCAGCAUCCUGCUCUGCUGCAGUGCCUAGCUCAGUGCUCAGAGGUCACUCCUUACCUGCUGGUUAUGGAGUUCUGCCCCCUGGGGGACGUGAAGGGGUACUUACGCAGCUGUCGGGCGUCGGACACAGUGACCCCCGACCCGUUGAUCCUCCAGCGGAUGGCGUGCGAGAUUGCCUCGGGCCUUCUGCACCUUCACAAACAGAACUUCAUCCACAGUGACCUGGCGCUCAGGAACUGUCUGCUCACGUCUGAGAUGACGGUGAAGAUCGGGGACUAUGGCCUCUCUCACAGUCGCUACAGGGAUGACUACUUUGUGACGGCCGAUCAGAUUUGGGUGCCUCUGCGCUGGAUCGCUCCCGAGCUUAUCGACGAGGUCCACGGCAACCUGCUGGUGGUGGACCAAACCAAAGCAAGCAAUGUGUGGUCGUUGGGAGUGACCAUCUGGGAGCUGUUUGAGCUGGCCAACCAGCCGUACCGACACUACUCCGACCGCCAGGUGCUCACCUACGCCAUCAAAGAGCAGCAGCUCAAGCUGCCCAAGCCUCUCCUCAAGGUGCCCCUGUCCGAGCGCUGGUACGAGGUGAUGCAGUUCUGCUGGCUCCAGCCAGAGCAGAGGCCGGUGGCCGAGGAGGUGCACCUGCUGCUCAGCUACCUGUGCGCCAAGGGCAUGAGCGAGGCCGAGGAGGACUUCGAGAAGCGCUGGAACUCCCUGCGGCCCGGCAUGGGCGGCCUGGGCGUUGGCGUGGGUGGCGUCGGCGGGAGCGGCAGAGGCGGCGACGCGGACGAGGUCGAGGUCGAGGUCGGCUCGCCCGGGGCCUCGGCCGGCGAGAUGGCCGCCUCCUCGGUGUCCUCCUCCUUCCCCCUGCUGGAGCACUUCUCGGCGGCCGACGGCUUCCACUCGGCCGAGGCCGGCGACGACAUCCUGACCGUCACCGAGACCAGCCACGGCCUGAACUUUGAGUACAAGUGGCAGCAGGCGCGGGCAGAGCAGCCCUACUGCUCCUCGUCCACCACGGGCACCCUGGGGCAGAGCAACCCGCACUACCAGGACAUCUACUACCCGCUGGAGAACGUGGCGGCGGCGGGCGGCAAAGGCGAGGGCCUGGCCCUGGGGGUGUCGCCCUCGUACUACGAGUCGGACCACCUCGGGGUGGUGCCCGUGCUGAGCGCCCACAGCCCGUCGGUCGGCAGCGAGUACUACAUCCGCAUCGAGGAGCCGGUGGAGUGCAACAUCCGCCUGGAGGACACCGACCUGGACUACAGCCCCGGGCUGGACGCCAGCCACAGCAGCGCCUUCUCGGCGGGGGGCGGCGGCAGGGAGCGUCCGGCGGCGUCCGGCGACCCCGAGCCCAACACCUACUGGUCGGCGGCCGAGGGCCACCGCAAAACGAGUGCCUACGAUUCCGACGACGACGACGGCGACGACGGCGACAACGCCAGCCGGGACAUCUCGCUCUGCAUGGAGCCGCUCCCGAGGCGCGCGUCCGAGGGCGCCAGCUCCGGCGAGCGCGAGCGCGAGCGCUCGAGGCAGUACUUCUCCCCGAGCGAGAGGGCGGCCGCCGGCCGGGCGUUUCACUGUGACCAGCGGCUCUCUCCGGACGACCGGGACGCCCACAGGCACCGGAGGGACCGCUACGCGGACGAGCUGGAGGCCGGGCGCUGGAGCCCGCUGAGCGGCCGGGGUCAGCGGCUGGCGGGCCUGGACGUGCCCAUGGGCAUCUCGCUGUCCCUCAGCAGCCCCAGCCUCGGCUGCUGCGACCCGUACCUGGAGGCCAACCAGGCGUCCGGCGAGGGCUACUACGACAUGACGGGCACGCUGCAGAAGAGCCUGCCCAGGCCCCACUACAUCAGCAUCGACGUGGAGGUGGGCGAGGGCCUGCAUGCGGGAUCGGCCACCACCGCCGCCACCGCCGACCCCGAGGAGGACGACGACCUCUUCGCGGAGGCCGAGGCCACCAACUGGACGUCGAACCAGUCGGCGAACAACAACAGCUUAAACUUCGACAGCAGGCCGGCGGGCGGUUUCCAAGACAUCUACCUGGACCUGCACCACACCACACCUUCUUCCAGCAUCAACGCCUCAAAGUCCGACUAUGUAGCAGUCAAAGAUAAUUCCGGUACCUCCAAGCCUGUGUCCUACCUGGAAGCGAUAGGAAGCGAGAGUUCAUCCACCAGCGCCAUUCUGACCACAGACUUAUCUGGUGAAUGCCAAACGUAUAUUCAUUUGUGCCAUAAGGGGGGACAGGAGACAGCGUCGCCUGUCGCGCUCCGCCACCCGUCCAUAGACAAUUCCCAGCUGACCGAGGCGGUGUCGCGCUCCGCAGAGACGUUUGCCGUGUGUAAAAAGUCCUCGGAGAAAAUUCCCAACCUCUCCGUGGAGGAGAGCACGCCUCACGGUGGAGAACGAGCGCAGCACCAUUCCACCAGCUCCACCAAGCCUCAGACGGAAGUAUUCCGACCCAUUUCCGACCUCACGGACAUUCGCACGGACAUUCACUCCCCGCCCCGGGCCAAUCACUCGGAGACGGGCAGCGUGUGGGGUCUGAACACCACGCGUCUCUCCACGCCCAGUAUCAACAUCCUGUCCGGCAAGAAGGUGUCCCACGCCGAGGUGUUGUCCGAGUGCAUAUCCAUCUCCGAGGGCAGCGGACUGAGCGACAGUGGGGUCAACUUGGGCUGUUCCGGGAUCAGCCUGAUCGACAUGUACGACUGUAGCGACGAUGAUUCGGCGGAUGUAACCUUGGGGGUGCUGGCGGACUCGCCCUUGGACUACGGCGAGGUCGGCGGCGACGUGAGCCUGGCCCACAGGCCCCUACUGAGGCCGGUGAAGGCGCCGCGCGUGGACGAGGCCAUCACCCUGGCGUCCAGCGGCAGCCCGUGCGAGAGCUUCAGCCUGGACGUCUACCACACGUCCGUCCAGCCCAAGUCGCUGGACAGCGGCUACGACACGGAGAACAACGAGUCGCCCGAGUUCGUCCCGAAGGACUCGGAGGGGAAGCCCGUGCUCAGCGCGAGCCUGGAAUCCGACGAGCCCGACUUGGUGCUCCGGCUCGACUUGGAUGAGAGCGUCGAGGGAGUCCUCUUGACCCCGUCGCCAGGCAACGGCGGCGACGAGCCGCCGCUCGGCAGCCUGAGCGAGAGGAACCCGUACCGCGACUCGGCCUACUUCUCCGACUACGAUGCCAACGAGAAUGACAGGAGCCCCAGUGACGGGGUCAGCGCUUUCUUCGGCGGCCGCGACGAUGACGACGGGGACGAUAUUGUCAGGCUCGGCGCGGCGGCGAAGGGGGAGAGGGCCCCCGAGAGCGAGAGGCGCGAGGGCUACUGUUUUGCAUCUCUGAGGGACAGCCGAGCCGUCGCCCAGUCCCCUCCGUUCGCCGACAGCGAUGCCGGCGCGUUUGAUCCCGGCGCCUCGUUGUCGUCGUUGUCGUCCUCCUCUUCCUCCCCCUUCGACGCCGCCUCCCCCGCGCUCAACGUGCUGUCGCCCUUCCCUCCGCAGAUGGGGGGAUGCCUGACGAAGGAGCAGGCGCCCCACGACGACGGCAUCGGGCUGGAGACGGAGCACUCGGCGGACGAGGCGUCGUCCGACUGCUGCGCGUCCGCGCCCACGGACGGCUCGUCCGGCUCGCAGGACACGGUGGCGCCCGCGACCACGCUGGACGGCAGAGCCAACGGCAACUACUCGCCGGUGGUGUCGCUCGACUCCGACUCCACGCUGGCCGACCUGAGCGAGGAGACGCUCCAGGAGACGGUGGACAGGGAGGAGCGCCGUGAUGACAGGGAGGACGCCGGCAACAACCCCGACCUGCAGCUGGACGUCAAGAUGAUGGGCGACGGGGACGAGACCGACGCCGGCGACGACGACGACACGCCGAGCAACGGGGACGGCGCGUACGACGCGGUGCUGAUGGCCGAGCUGGCCUCGCCCGACCUGGGCCUGGACGGGGACCUGCGCGCGCCGCUGGGCGACGGUGAGGACGCCGACGAGGAGGACUCGGACGACAGCGAGUCGGACGAGGAGCUGCGCAGCUACAACGUCCAGGAGGAGCCCAGCGACAGCAGCGACGAGGACCUGACCGCCGUGCCCGUGGUGGUGAGCGAGCGGAGCAGCGCGCGGCACCUCCGCAGCCUCCUCAAGAUGCCCACGCUGCUCACGCAGUCCUUCUGCGACGAGCUGGAGCGCAAGAAGAAAGCCGUCUCCUUCUUCGAUGACGUCACCGUCUUCCUCUUUGACCAGGAGAGCCCAACAGGGGACUUGGCAGACUACAGCUUUCCACCAGGAGCAGAGGCCAAUUGCCAGCCCUCAGAAGUGCAGUGCUCCAACCCAUCAGAUGGCAACAACGCUGAAAACUCAGAUGAAAACACAGAAGAAGGGGGCUGUUUUGAGUGGGAGGAGGAGGACUUCCCUCUGAUGCCCAGCCCCACCUCAGCAGAGCCUGCUCCAGUCGCCAUACUGUUCCCCCCGAGCCCCCCCUCCAAGGUGGCCGAGGAGAAGCCCGCCCCGCAGCUGUCCCGCUUCAGCGUCUCCCGCUUCUCCAUCACACACGUGUCCGACUCCGACGUGGACUCAGUGGGAGGUUGCAGUGAGGAUGGAGAGCGUGAGUGAGACAGCCUUCUAUGGUGCGAGGACACGUUGACCUCCUCCUACUCUGGGUGUUUUUUUUUUUUUCUACACAUGGGGGUCAGUUGAAACCUGAUAAUCCGAUUACUGACAGUGCCUCAUAUUAGUAGAGAAAUGCCAUUUGUGACCCCUAUCCACCAACCCUGACAGGUGGAGAUAGCACUGAGAUGGUGUAAUGAGGACAGCAGUUCAUUCAAACUAUAAGUCUAUGUGUAAGAUCAAAAAUGUAUCACUUAUUUAUUCUGAGUAUGACAUGUUUGUGGAAUAUUACAUCUUUGCACAACUGACAUGGCAACAUUGACAUCCAUUGACAGGUCAACAGGUAAUUUUUUAUUACAUACACAGUAUAUGGUAGAAACAAUUUGACAAAUGUUUGCGUUGCAUUGCUGCUCCUCAUUGGCUGCCUGUCCAGUACUCACCCCUCUCAUUGGCCAGACCUUCCAGAGAGGGCGGUCAUUGCCCCCGGUCGUUUCGUUUUUUUGCACUGCUUGAGCCAAACAGCGAAGUCCUGCGACGAGACUACAGCUAGCUGCUGUGGAGAUCCAAAGACGACAACUCACCACUUUCAAGCACUGAGCUGAUCAAUUUGGGUGGUGGAGCAGACAACUUAUCCUAGGAACGACACACUUCCGACGCCGACACAGCCACAUCACAAACAGUCCUGUCACGUACUAACACCUGGGGUAUUUGGGGUGGGCCGGGGUGGAAGAGGGACAGUGUCAUCACUAUUUAACCGGAACGUUUUAGUUCAGGGGAGAAACUGAAUCAGAAGAUUUUAUGUGUUCAAGAACAUGUCUAUUUUUUUUUCCAUGUCGUGCAUCAUGUACAAUUCCCACACUGCUGCUGGAAAGUACUGUUAAGAACAAGCCCCCAUUUCCCUCCCCUGUGUGCUGCUAUCCAUCUCAAAGUAAAAAAGGCAAACAAAAAAAGUCUGCACUUUCAGUGUUACAAAAAUCAAGUGCUAGUUUAUAUGAGGGUUACUCGUGUCAUGUCUUUUAGCUAUUAAGUGUUCUAAAUAAACACAUGCAUACA